CCCACCCUCUCUCACCUAUCCCCCUCCUUCCCCCUCUUACCGCCAUCUUUCACCCCACUUACCGCCCACUUCCCCCACAUACUGCCCGCCUUUCCCCCUCCUCUUUUGCAGCAACCACCCUCCCACUCACCUCGUUCCUGCCCCUUCUUCGUCCCUUUCCUUCCCUCACUCACAGUCCGCCCUCUCCCCAUUUAUCCUCUUCCCUUCCCUCACUUACCACCCUCCUUCCUCCCCACAUGCUGCCCUUUUCGCCCUACUUACCACCAUUCAGCCACCCUCUUACCACCCUCAACCACACCCACAUACCACCUUACUUCCCCCCACUUACCACCCUCCACUCCCUACGAACCACCCUAAUGGCCCCCCACAAACCACCCCCAUACCCCCCGCAUACCACAGCCUUGCCCCACUCACCUUGUUCGCUACAUACUGCCCUCCAUCGCUCCAACAUGCCGCCCUUCUACUCCCCCGCAUACUGCCUAUGUUCCCCCAAACAAACCACCAUCAUUUCCCCCAUUAUGACCCUCAUUCCCCCUCACACACCGCCCUCCUUCCAUUCACAUACCCCCUCUACUUACCUCCCUGCAAACCCUCUACAAUCCUCUUUCCCCCCGCAUAUCAACCUCCUUUCUCCGACACACCACCCUUUCCCCCCCACAACAGCCCUUCUGCCCUCGACAAUAAUGUUCUCAUUUGUCAAACUUACCUCUCUUGCGACCCCUCUAUUUCCACACUGCUGGGGCAGAGGGGCAGAAGUGCUGCGAGGAAAUCCGCUCCUACAACAGGAGGAGUGAAGAAGCCUCACCGUUAUCGUCCCGGAACGGUCGCCCUUCGUGAGAUUCGCAAGUACCAGAAAAGUACCGAGCUGCUAAUUCGGAAGCUUCCCUUUCAACGGCUGGUUCGCGAAAUCGCUCAAGACUUCAAGACGGACCUGAGGUUCCAAAGUCAUGCCGUGCUCGCGCUCCAAGAAGCUGCCGAAGCUUAUCUCGUUGGUUUGUUUGAGGACACGAAUUUGUGCGCCAUUCAUGCCAAGCGUGUCACCAUCAUGCCUAAGGACAUUCAGCUGGCUCGGCGCAUCCGUGGAGAGAGGGCAUAG